CUUCAUCAGAACAUAAACAAAUAGUAUAAAUAAGUGAAUCAAUUGAAUUUUAAGUAAAAACUAAUAUAUAUAAAGGAGAUGAUUCGAUGUAGGAAUUGUGUAAUAUCAAUAGUAAAUAGCCGGUUAAGGUUUCAAACUUAUAAUCAGUCGAAAAGACUGUGUUCAAACAAUGAAAAAACAGAGGAAGAGAAAAAUUAUGAAAAUAAUCGGGAAAAACGAGAACGACAACAUGAAUUUUUUGCAAAACGAAGCUUAAUCCUUAAAGGAGCAUUUGAAUGUGUGGAACAUAAGAACAAAGAUUCGUUCCUUGACAUGAUAGAUAUUUUCAUAAAUAAAGACGUUAACAGAAGAAAUCAUACUGAAUUUAUCUAUGCAGCACUUAAAAAUAUGAAGGAAUAUGGAGUUCAGCGAGAUCUUGUGGUGUACAAAAAAUUAAUUGAAGUUAUGCCAAAAGGAAAAUUCAUCCCAACUAAUUUAUUUCAAGUAGAAUUUCAGCACUAUCCCAAACAGCAGCAGUGUAUAAUUGAUUUACUCGAUCAGAUGGAGGAUAAUGGUGUUAUGCCUGACUACGAAAUGGAAGACAUGCUAAUCAAUGUUUUUGGACGGAGAGGAUUUCCUGUGAGAAAGUUUUGGCGAAUGAUGUAUUGGAUGCCUAAAUUUAAAAACCUAUCACCGUGGAUUGUUCCAAAUCCACCACCAAAUGAUGCCUUUGACUUGGGAAUGUUAGCAAUUGAAAGAAUGUGUUCUGUUGAUUUACAAUCAAAAAUUUGUGUAUACCAUACGAAAGAUGUAGAAAGCUCAAUUGAAGACACUUGGAUAGUAAGUGGACAAAGCAUAGUUCAACAGGAUUUAUUAAAGCAACAUGAUAAGAAAAUUGGUCUUUUUAUUGAAGGACCUUUUAAUAUCUGGCUAAGGUAUCGUUGUAUAAGUUAUUUCAUUCUUCGAAGUGAAGCUCCAAAAAAUUUCAUAGAACAUAAUGAUGAUAUUGAAGUAGAUGAUGUCAGUGACAUUGACGUACCAAUAUUCUCUUUAGGAAGAGUUAAGCAAAAGAAAAAUAAAGUUGCUAUUUUACGAUCGGUACAUGAACAGAAAGAUGGAACUAUUUAUGCAGUAUGCUGUACUGGUGUGUCAUCAAAAGAUUCACUAUUAUCGUGGAUUCGAUUGCUUGAGAAAAAUGGCAAUCCCAAUUUAGCGGAUCUACUAGUUUUAUUUAAAUUCAUAUCACCAACAGACCGAGAUGUAAUUGUUCAGACAAAAGAACCAACAGUAAAAACAAAUGGUGAAAAUGAUACAAAUGAGGACAAUAAAAAUUAAUUUUUGUUCUCUUAA